AUGGCAGAGGCAAUCCAAAAGGUCCACCCAGUUCUGAAAUACGAUUUUCAAAAAGUACAAAAUCCGCCACAUGACAAAAUCCAGAUAACAUGGAUUGGACAUGCUACUGUUCUUGUUCAAAUAGAAGGGAUGAAUAUACUUGCUGACCCAGUAUUCAGUGAGAGGUGUGGUCCAGGUGGUUUCGGAAUACUACUUGGUUACAAACGGUUUACGCCUCCUGCGUGCCGAGUAAAAGAUCUACCGCCCAUAGACGUUGUGAUCAUCAGUCAUAACCACAACGACCACUUAGAUUCUCAGUCGGUCGAUGACAUUGCUAAACAUCACCCAAAUGCCAAGUGGUUGGUCGAAUUAGGUAAUAAGAAAUUUUGCGUUGACAAAGGAUGCGCAAAUGUGGAAGAAUUGAAAUGGUGGGAGAGUAUAAGUAUUGGUUCCCUCACAUUUGUAUGCACUCCAACACAACACUGGUGCCAGCGAUAUCCACUCGACUUCAACAAUGCUCAAUGGUGUGGAUGGGAAAGCCCGAAAUACAAGUAUUACUUUGCCGGGGGCACAGGAUAUCAGUAUAUGCUAUUGAAGUUGAUUGGCCAUAAAUAUGGACCCUUUGAUCUUGCAUCGAUACCAAUAGGUGCUUAUGAGCCCAGAUACAUCACCAAAUUUGAGAGUGUAAAUCCGGAGGAAGCUGUGGAAGUCCAUAAAGACAUACAGAGUAGCGUCUCAAUUGGUAUCAACUGGGGAACAUUUGAACUGACAGACGAGUAUUACUUGGAGCCGCCACAGGAGUUGGAAAAACAGAUGUACAACAACGGUCUGGACCCAAAGACGUUCUUCAACUUGCGAAUCGGAGAGACAUGGAUAGUAGGGGAAGACCGGGAUUAUGACCCGCCUUUUAUGGAAAGAGAGAACGCGGUAACACAGAGACUCAGCAAUUUCCCAGGUGAUGUAGGGGCGACAUGCUGUAACCAGCAUGUCAGCAUGGCCGAGAAAGUGGAAGCAUCAGGAGUAUUAACCGUUGAGGAAUUUGGGGGAGACCGGGAUUAUGAACCGCAUUUUAUGGAAAGAAGGAAAUCGGAAACACCGAGCCUCAAUAAUGGUCGACUUGAUGGUGAUUUAGGUGGCUAUAUAUGGAAGCCCGCACUGUCGGAAUGCGAAAGUCAUCACCUUCACAGGAUUGAUCCAUUAUGCCAGGAUAUUAAGAUGGAAAGUCAAGGGAAACAAACAGAGCGUUCUAAUCCAAGAGAAAUUUCUCCAGAUCAACCAUGGCCACAGAACAAUCAGGAAGAUUCUGUAACUGGAAUGAAACUAACAGGGCGUUCUAAACCCAGAAGUAUGGCCCUUGAUGCGCCCUGGACCCACAACAAUCAGAAAGAUUCUGUAACUGGAAUGAAACCAACAGGGCGUUCUAAACCCAGAAGAAGUUUGUCUCCAGAUGCAUCAUCGCAACGCAAGAAUCAGGAUUCUGCUUCUUCAAUCAAACCAACAGGUCGUUCAAAAUGAGAUUGA